GCUGGCUCGGCUCUGCGGCCGCGGCUCAGGAGCCAUUUUGGACUCGGUUCAGCUCCCCUCCCCCCACCCCUCCCCCCCGUUCAUGGCCCCUCCGGACUCGGCCCCUGCGCCCGGGGCCCGGGCCCAGCCCCGCCGCGCUAUGCCUGAGUCGGGCGCGCCCCGGCCCGCGCCCCGCCGCCGCCCCCCGGUCCCCGCGUCGCCCCGGAGCCCGGGCCGCAGCCUGCGCCGCCCGCAACGGCCCUGAGCCCGGUCCUGCCGCCCGGCCCUUGGAGCCUGCACGCUGUCCGGGGACGAAGGCGCAGGAAGCCCGCGGGGAACGAGACCUAAGGAAGAAGCGGGAAGAAGAGCGCAGCCGCCGCUGGGCCCUGCGCGCCCCGAAAGCGCCGCGCGGCCCUGCUCGCGGGCUCCGGGUGUCCGCGGGGCGGCGCCGCGGAACAUGACGGCGCCCUGGGCGGCCCUCGCCCUCCUCUGGGGAUCACUGUGCGCGGGUUCCGGGCGCGGGGAGGCCGAGACUCGGGAGUGCAUUUAUUACAACGCCAACUGGGAGCUGGAGCGCACCAACCAGAGCGGCCUGGAGCGCUGCGAGGGCGAGCAGGACAAGCGGCUGCACUGCUAUGCCUCUUGGCGCAACAGCUCCGGCACCAUCGAGCUCGUCAAGAAGGGCUGCUGGCUGGACGACUUCAACUGCUACGACAGGCAGGAGUGUGUGGCUACUGAGGAGAACCCCCAGGUGUACUUCUGCUGCUGUGAAGGCAACUUCUGCAACGAGCGCUUCACCCACUUGCCAGAGGCUGGGGGCCCAGAAGUCACGUACGAGCCACCCCCGACAGCCCCCACCCUGCUCACGGUGCUGGCCUAUUCGCUGCUGCCCAUUGGGGGCCUCUCCCUCAUCGUCCUGCUGGCCUUCUGGAUGUACCGGCAUCGCAAGCCUCCCUACGGCCAUGUGGACAUCCACGAGGACCCUGGACCUCCACCUCCGUCCCCUCUGGUUGGCCUGAAGCCUCUGCAGCUGCUGGAGAUCAAGGCUCGGGGGCGCUUUGGCUGCGUCUGGAAGGCGCAGCUCAUGAAUGACUUCGUGGCUGUCAAGAUCUUCCCACUUCAGGACAAGCAGUCAUGGCAGAGUGAACGGGAGAUCUUCAGCACACCUGGCAUGAAGCAUGAGAACCUGCUGCAGUUCAUUGCCGCUGAGAAGCGAGGCUCCAGCCUGGAGGUGGAGCUCUGGCUCAUCACGGCCUUCCAUGACAAGGGCUCCCUCACGGAUUACCUCAAGGGGAACAUCAUCACAUGGAAUGAACUGUGUCACGUGGCAGAGACCAUGUCAAGAGGCCUCUCGUACCUUCAUGAGGACGUGCCCUGGUGCCGUGGAGAGGGCCACAAGCCGUCUAUUGCCCACAGGGACUUCAAAAGCAAGAAUGUAUUGCUCAAGAGUGACCUCACAGCCGUGCUGGCUGACUUUGGUCUGGCUGUUCGGUUUGAGCCAGGAAAACCUCCAGGGGACACUCAUGGGCAGGUGGGCACGCGGCGGUACAUGGCCCCUGAGGUGCUGGAGGGAGCCAUCAACUUCCAGAGAGAUGCCUUCCUGCGUAUUGACAUGUACGCCAUGGGGCUGGUGCUGUGGGAGCUUGUGUCCCGCUGCAAGGCUGCGGAUGGCCCUGUGGAUGAGUACAUGCUGCCCUUCGAGGAAGAGAUCGGCCAGCACCCGUCCCUGGAGGAGCUGCAAGAGGUUGUCGUGCACAAGAAGAUGCGGCCUGCCAUUAAGGAUCACUGGUUGAAGCACCCGGGCCUGGCCCAGCUCUGCGUGACCAUCGAGGAGUGCUGGGACCACGACGCAGAGGCUCGCCUGUCUGCGGGCUGCGUGGAGGAGCGGGUGUCCCUGAUCCGGAGGUCGGUUAAUGGCACUACCUCGGACUGUCUUGUCUCCCUGGUGACCUCCGUCACCAAUGUGGACCUGCCCCCUAAGGAGUCGAGCAUCUAAUAAGCCCAGGACACGAGUGGAUCUGAAGAGGAAAGGAAAAAAAGUUGUGUUUUGUUUUGGAAAUCCCGUAACACCAACAAACACAUGAAAUGCAGCUGCUAUUUUACCUUGACUUUUUAUUAUUAUUAUAAUUAUUAUAAUUAUUAUUAUUAAUAUUAUUUUUUGGAUUGGAUCAGUUUUUACCAGCACACUGCUCUACUGUAUCGCAAACAGCGGACGCGUCAGCAGGCGUUGAGGUGCUGAGCUGUGAAUGCGGAAUCAGCGCCAUGCUGAAGAGCCUCAGCCACCUCCUGUCCCAUGGGGUUCAUUUUUCCCGCUUUCUCUUUGUUUGUUGUCUAAGAAUCUGUGACACAAAGAAACCCAUCUCCUGUCUUAGGAAACUCAAUGCUGCAAACUCUACCUAGAGAAACCUUUGAAGACUGUUACUUUAAGAACACACCUUCCUCAGAGGAGGAAUUUCCCCCUGCCCUCGCCCCCCCACCCUCGCCCUUAUUGUUUUUCUCCCUUUCUAGACAGUGAGUUUAAGAAACAGCAGAUGUGUCUUUCACGGAUUAACGGGUGUUGUCCUGACCGAGGAAAAACGGGGAUGACAACGAGGAUGGUUUGGACCAGAGUUGGAAGGAGAGGACAGAGCUGAGGAUGGGGUUUGGAACAGAGCUACACUGGACUCGGGCACGUUCGGAGCAACAUCCUUUGUUAGGAGGCUACUUCUCAGGUAACCAAGAAUCGAGGGGAAGGACCAUGUGGAGGCCGAGCAUUAAUGCGAGAAGGGGUUUGGAGAAAGUCUGAAGGCAGGUGUGGCUCUGACUAUCUUUUGGCCCUGACCAGUUUUUUCCCGCUGACUUGGGCUUGGGCAUUGGACAGAAUGUUUUCUCUGCCCUCAUUUUAAGGUUAGGCAAGGGUAGAAAUCAUCAUGUUUUAGUGACUGUGUUUUUCAUAAGACAGUGCUGUAAAUAUCUGUAACGGAGGAAAGAGUUCAAACACUUUGCUUCUUCCUGGCACAGGUCAGGGAAAUGCCCACCGGGCGCCCUACACAGCCAGAGCAAGAGGGCUCCCUGGGCGGGGCCGCUGCGGCCUGCCUGGGAGAUCAGAGCAUCCUGCGGCGCUGGCUCUGCCUUGUGUGGUGACACUGCUGUCCCUUCACGUGUCUCGUGCACACGGCUUUCUCCAGACCCCUCAAAGAGGUGCAUAUUCUAAAAACUGUUUCUCUUUUAUGCCAUAACCUUGCUCUAGUCAGUGAAUGUUCUUAUGCUGCUGUUUCAACAUUUGAAUUUUUUUAAUUUAUGAAACAUGCAAAUUUUUUUAAAAACGAAACACACAUCCACAUAUACACACAUGCUUUGCGAUGUGGCUUCCGAGGUUUAAAUUUUGAAAAGUAAAAGAAUUAAAACUUCACGACCACAGACCACCUCAAACCAGAAAUACCUCAGAAUUUUCUACUUGUGUAAGUUUUAUUAUAUAUUUUAUUAGUUGUGUUGUCUUGUAGUAAGUAUAUUUUAAUGUAAGUUGGCUUUUAUGACAAAGUUUAAAAGAAAUAGAGAAAAAGAAAAAAAGUGUGAAUCUUCUAGGGAGUGCUACCAUUUUUGUUUGAUAACGCCCCCUUGUAAAUAAUUGUCAUCAACUGUAGAUUGGCUGUCUGGGCCAUCUGGGCAUUCAUCACUCUUGUUUGUGAAGGUGUUUCCCUCUGGUUUCUUGAGACUUUUAUUUAAAAACUGGAUCUCUUUCAUUUUGAGGGUAGGUGAGUUGGUGAGCAAUGGGGAGAGGUUGACCUGGGUGAGCAGGGGAGAGGGGUGCCUCCUCUUGACUUGAAUGGAGGUUCAGAUCUUUCCCUCAGCGUGUUUGGUCGGUGUUCAGAAUGACAGGUAACCCCACUUGAACUCGGUUAGACUGUGGCCCUUAGGUGUGCUUGAGGUGAUUUUCUUUGAGCAGCAGCAGUCGUGGAGGAGGCCAGUAGUGUCUCUGUGAGUCCACACCGUGACUUGGGACAGUCUGUGAUAGAGUGGUGUGUCCGGAGUGGCGAGUGCCCUGGAGUCACAGUCUGAGCGCACACACUCCCCACUUGGCAUGCCAUGUGCAUCGGACCUGCCACUUGGCUGUGUCCCUUUUUCUCUGUGUUUGGGCACAGGGUGCUGUGUUUUUGCUUCAUGGGUCAAGCUCUGAGCUGGUCAGGGUGGUUACAGGGACAGGUUUGUUUGUGUGUGUGUGUGUGUGUGUGUGUGUGUGUGUGUGUGUUGUUUGUUUGUUUCGUAAGCUGUGUUGUCUUCUUUUUUUUUAAACUAUUUUGUGCUGUGGUAUUUUUCUUCCCUCGGAAUAAUUUUUAACAGCAAAACAGGCCUUACAGCAGUUGCUUUUCUUUUCCACUUAUUUCUUUAAGAAGCUUUAAAAUAUUUAUUGAAAAGUGCCAUAUCUAAUUUCUUUAGCUUUCACCUCAGGCAGUGCAUCUCUACUUCUCUGGUCUCUGCUUUUUACCCUCAGCGACAAAUAAACCACUAACAGAUGUAGCUGAUUCACCAUAGGAAUGACCAGAUCCCUCAUCCUACCCAGUGUGGAACACUAAACCCCUGCCUCUCCAUUUGGUUUUAGAUUUCCUCUGGGUUAUUUUUCUUUUGGCUUGAUUGUUGUAACAAUUUUGGCUUGACGUGUUUGGCCUGGCUGUGGAGGGUUGAGCUGUGGCCUUGGUGUGGGCCUUGCUGGUCAGCUAUCAGUACCAACAGGGCAGGCCUUCCCGUUGGCCUACAUGCCUUUUAUCUGGGUGAGCUCCCUCUUUGCCAACCCUGUGCUCAGCUGCCGUGGUGGCUUUGGGGCCUGGGCACCAGAAUGUCUGGAGGUGGUUCCUAUGUGGUGUGGCUGGGGAAAGGGGAGUCUGGGAGCACGAGUUCUUUGGGCUUCAGGCUGCCUUUCCCUUAUGCUGUGGUGUAAAGUGCACCCAUCACUGCUGUUGAUGGCAGAAAAAGGUGGGUAAUCUUUUUCUAGGGCAUGCCCCUGGGAGCCUGGGUGGGUCUUUUCCCUCAGGUAAAGUGUCUCUGUGCUGUCAUGUAUUCUUUGGGGAGUGAACCAUUUAGAGCACUGGUUUAGGCUUUUUUGGGUUAUAGGGCCUCUGUCUGUGCUCUUUUCCACAAAAAUUUCAUGUAUUGUCUGCUUCUGGAGAGCUCAGAGAACUACUCCUCACCCCCACUCCCACCCCCACAAGCUCUUGUGGAAGACUUGUAGGAAUCUGACACAUCAUUUUGCCUGCCUGUGGGGGAUGCUGCCCCACCUAGGGUGAGAGGGUAGUCAAG